AUGCGAGGAUUGUGCUCAGAUGUGGACAGCUUCGACGCAAAAACAAUUGCUUACAGCUCAGUGGUCGAGGAUCGUGUUACCCAAUGGCUAGGAUGGAAAGAUACCUUCGAUGACUUUAAUCGCUAUGACGAGUCUGAGUUACAAGAGGAUGCGGAACUUGAUCUAGCAUGGUUUCAAUCCUUCCAUCGGGAUGUCUUGCGGGGAACACCUUACAAAUCUGAUGUCAACGCCAUCGAAACGGAUCUGGAUGAAUACUAUAAGCCUAUUCUAAAUUCACUGAUCAGUAUUUUUGGAGGAAUUGCUCCUGAGAUGGCCGCAUUCUUGGAAGAAAUUAUGGUGGACCUGGGAAAGCUCCGAGAAGCUUUGUCGGAGAAUUUGAAACAUUUCGAGGACUGUACGGCUUCCCAAGAAAAAGGAGCGGCUCUUCAGAACUUGAAGGACAGAGUUGUCGAGUGCUAUGAGUGGAUGAAAGAAUUUGAUAACAUGUAUGAAAGGAUGCAGAUGCACUUCCUACCUUCCGGUGAUCAUUCCCAAUAUCCGGAAGGCCCUCGUUGA